GGAUUUUAUAUAAUCGAGUACUUAUGAAAAAUGGCGAUGUAGCAACAUGUAAACAACUUAUUUUUGAAUGAGUCUAUAGUCUUAAUUUGGUCGUGUUUGACAUCAUUUAUUGUUCUUAAUGCAAAUAAUAUAGACACAUUUUAAUAAUGGGGUCAUCAAAGCAACAGUCGGCCAUUUCAAAGGUCACAAAUCUUCUACAGGAAUGGGAUAAAGGAAGUAAAGUUGUCAGAGCAAAGAUUUUGAUUGACUUUGUUAGACAGAACCAAAAUAAAACAGGACCUGAAUUGGAACAAGAGUUUGCACAGGCUGCUAGUUUAUUUUUAACAAGACUUACUGCUUGGCUUAGAUUGACAUACAUGAUUGGAACCAGUCUGAAUGAGCAGCUCCGAGCUGUUUCAAUAUUCUUAUCUGCAUCAAGUGGACAUAAAUUUAUGGCAGAAUUCAUAGAAGUUGGUGGUGUUCUAACAUUACUAGAAAUAAUAGGACUGAAGCAAGCAAAAGAAGACGACAAGUUGGAAUCACUGAAAUGUUUACAGUGUGUAGCUAAUGCUGGAAGAAAGUAUAAGGAACUUAUCUGUGAAAGCUACGGAAUAAGAGCAGUAGCUGAAUGUUUAGCUAAAGCCAAGUCUGAGGAAACACAAGAUGCUUGUAGGAACCUGUUACUCAUGUUAGCACAAGGCAACUUUAAAUUUGAAGUACAGGUUUAUAAAGGACUGAUAGCACUUCUUCCGUGUACUUCUCCUAAAGCUCAACAGAUGGCAGCACAAUCUCUUAGAGUUGUACAGCCAAUUGUGAAGUCAGCAAAUCCCAGUAUAGUUGAGCCAUUACUUAAUUUAUUGAAAACUUUACACCUGGAGGUACAGUACGAAGCUAUUGAAUUGAUAAAGGAAUUAAUGGAUUAUGAAGUUUCUGAUUCCCUGUUGAAAGGACUUGUAUUACUGCUUAGACCAGCAAAAGAAGACUUAAUAAGGAAACCAGAAAUUUUAGAUGAUCCUGAUGUUCCCAGAAUAAACGCACCACUGCCUGUAUUUGUACAACAAGCCGCUGCAGCCAAAACAAUAGGAAUUCUUGCUAGAGAGUCAAAUGAAAUUGCAGAAAAACUAAUACAGUUGAGAGUAACACACAAUCUAUUAUAUACUAUGGGUAAUAUGGACUAUGCUGACAGUCAAAGGCAAGCCAGUAUUUCAUUAGAGUAUUUCUGCCGAACAUUUCCAAUAGUUGACGAGCAUGUACAUGAAGCCAUGGGAGACAACUUGUAUGAUUUAUUUAUGUCUAAUCCUGAAGCAUUGUAUAUGCAUAUGAACCACAUCCAAGCUGAUAUUCUUGUGUCUAAUAAAGUCAACAUUCCAAAAACUGUGGAAACAGUGGAUUGAACUGACAAGAAAAAAAUGUGAUUUGAAUUCUGUGAUAUUUAUGGUGACCUAUCUUAUGUUAUAUAAAUAAACAUUUUUAAUUUUUA